GCGAUCGCGGCCUUGUUUCGGGAAAAAAAUGACAUCUCCCUGGCAGAUUUGGCGGCCUUGGCAGCACUACUGGAGAACAUGGUCCACUCGGAAGCAGAUGUCCGCCUGGCGGCAGUCUUCAACGCCUUGGAUUUUCCCUUGGCAGCGCAGUUGAGCCUCAACGAGUCCACUGCGGUGCUGGAGACGUACAUGGCAUCCUUCGUCAUGGGCUCCGACGCGCGGGAGCUCCACAAAAAUGCUGUGAGUUCCAGGGCCACGAUGCUGCAGAAGUUGGAGGAGGUGGUGGAACAGUACCCCACCUGGCCAAACACGCAAGCAUUUUUGCAGAUGAUUCGCGAAGAGGUGACACCAGAGACGGUCAACUUUUCGUUCCCGGCUCUGUCUGCGGUAGUGGCGGAAGCCGGAGAACGCUAUGGACGUUGGCAGAGCCAUGAAUGCUCCGAGCUGAAACACCAACUUUUGCAACACGAGGAGCACCCCAACACUGGCCGAGUUCGGCUGAGCGACUUUUACGCCAUGGCGUUGCAUGGAGGUCAUUGGCAGUUUAGCGAAAGCGUGGCUUAUCUUCGCCAGUUGGGUGCAUUGGAUGAGUCAGAUCCCGAGGCAGAGGGAAUGCCCCAAGUCAUGGCCUUGCGUGUCAUUGUGCCCAACUACAUCUUGGGUCCUUCCAACUGCAUCGCCUCGUCAGGAUAUUUCGCUGUUUGUUGCAUUGAUGAAUGUGACGCGAAGCUCCAGAGCCUAGAGACGACCCUUGGAAAGUCCAAGGCACCUCCCGCGGCCAUUUUGUCCGCCUUGAAUGCCACGAUCGGAAGGGCCUUGGAGCGGAAGCUGAGGGAAGUGGCGGAGCACCAUGGCGGUGAGGCGGCAAAAAUCAUUGAAAAUCAUGGUGUUGAUGGGUUGGAUUUCCCCAAAAAAUGUGACUUGGUUAAAAUAUGUUAA